UGUUAAUAAAUGGCCAUCUCAAAGGUUGAGUAACAUCCUAAUCCACAGGAAGUGGUGCCACUGCUAGGAGAAUAAGCCAAGCUCUCAAUUGCAGGUCACUCCCACUUGUGCUUUUGGAGAGAGCAGAGGACUGUGUGUGUACGUGUUUGUGCUGUCUGUAGUGUGAUAAGCUUGCAUGCUGCACAGAGCUCUACAUGUCUUCUGGCUGGGCCCCUGUGCUAAUGAUGAUAGGUUAAGUGUUUACAGGAGGACACCUAAUUAUGGAAUAGCUGCUUUCAACAUCGAGAUUAAUGAGUUCGUUUUUCACCAGUGGCUGAGUUGUGUAAUUCAUCACAUUAGAAUGGUGAAGAAAUUUCCCCAGUAGCGGUUGCGAGUAAGGGGCAGAUUUCCUGGGGAACAGUUUUGGGCCAAGCAGUAGUGAUCUGACUGUUGAAUAUCUGAAGAGGAGAUAGGCAACAGCGGCGUGUCUAAUGUAUUUGUAGUGCAGCGGAGUGUUAAAAUGUGCAAAAGAAACAGCUAAACUUGGACCAAUUCAGGUUUGUAACUCAAACUCCAGAAACUGCAGGAAAUGACUGGAUAUGGAUUUUCAUUCUCAGUAGACGGUGAAUGAGAGAAGAAAUAUCGGUUGUUUUUCAAUAGAAAUUUUUAGAUUUCAACAACUGUAGAAUAUCAUUCUGUUACGGUGUUACAAUACGCUAAUCAGACUGAUAAAAUAGUGAGAAUCCUUGUUGAUUGUACCAAGUGCUGAUUCAGAAGAGGGUCUUACCGCUGUGAACUGCAUGAAAAAACCAUGACAUCCAACUUCCUAAUGAGAUUACUAAAGCGUGGCUCGGGGCCACCGCGUCCACAAGUUGACAUGCAUGCACUGUUCACCAGUGCACAGAUGAGUACGAUGAUCCAGCAAGGCCAAUUAUCGGUCCACGAACCGUGGCGGCGGCAUAAACAGAAGCCCAAAAUUGUCUACGCGUGCCUGUACACCAACGACUCGAGCCCCUUCAUUGUGUGGUACACAGACAAAGUCCAUAAGAAGCCGCGGGGCUUCUUCAAUGUGAGAGGGGGGAAGAUUGCCCCGGUCGGUGAGUUUAGCUUCCAGAUUGCCUUCAAAGAUAAGACGAGCCAGAUCUACAAGUUCAACACGUCGAGUUGGGAGAAACGGGAGGAGUGGUUGCAUCUAUUACGCAAUGAGAGCCGGAAGGAGGUUCAGAUGCCACGUAUUGAGACCAUUAGUAAAACGGACUAUGACGCUAGCCAGGAUGACCUGGUUGUUAGUACCGUGGACCAGAAAGCACGGCAGCAGCAACAGCAGCAGCUUCACCCACAAUGGAAGGGUCAUCGGCGGACGGUCAGCGCCGGGUCACCGUCGCCGCAGCGGAGUACCGUGCAGCUGCAGAGAAGCAGAAGUCAGCCGCACAUUCAGAAAGGGAAGCUUAUUAAGAGACGAGCAACGGUCUUAGAAAAGACGAAACCAAACAUCGGACAGACUGUCAAGAAUGAGAAAUGGUUUGUACGAGCGCCUGAAGUCUGUAGGAGUUGAUUUACAUAACACGUAAUAUACCUUUUUUUGUCUACUUUGUAUCAAAAUGUAUGAAACAUAUUUAUAUUAUAAAUUUUUUGUAAUGAAAUGUUUUUUCUGGAAGAGUACUUUGUCCACAGAGCUCAAUGUGUGAAGAAAAGUUACAAUUGUUCAAUCCUAAAUCAACAUCCAUGUUGAAAAAGCAUCGUGUUCAUGACCAAGAUCUGACCAACAUCCAUGUUGAAUGCAUCGUGUUAAUGACCAAGAUCUGACUGGAAUUAAAAUGUAUGUAAAUCAACAUCCAUGUUGAAUGCAUCGUGUUAAUGACCAAGAUCAAUUGUUCAAUCCUAAAUCAACAUCCAUGUUGAAUGCAUCGUGUUAAUGACCAAGAUCAAUUGUUCAAUCCUAAAUCAACAUCCAUGUUGAAUGCAUCCUGUUAAUGACCAAGAUCUGACUGUAAUUAAAAUGUAUGUUACACUGUAGGUAGAACAGUUUUUUAUGUCAAAAAGCAACAAGUUUGUAGCUUUUAAGUGUAAUAUAUUUUGAAAAGAAUUGUAAUGUCGUACAGCAGGUGGAAAAUAUGAUCCCGUAUGAUUCGGUCAAUUUGUAUUUCUUCACACAUUGAGGUCUGGUGAAGUGGAGGCUGCCUUAUAAAAAAUGAUGUUGCAGGUUUUUUCAGCUGAUUGUAAAUAACCUUUAAACGGCAAAAAAUUAUUGUAAGUAAUGUAAUGAAAUAUCGCAAUGUGCAUGAAUUCAAGCUGUAUUGGGCCACAAUCAAAAUGGAAUUAAGUUUCAAUUCAUGCCAUCGGGGCCAAGUUACAUAGCACUGCUCAGUGUUAAUCAAACAAAUUGUGCUGAAAUUAUACGGCAAGACUAAAGGUUUUCGAAGAAGUCCCCUUGAAAUUCGUGGCUCUAGCCGCUCUAUCUCCAUGAGAACUUCUUAAGAGCCACUGUAAAAAAAAAAAAAAACAGUUUCUAGAAUGAGUCACACGAGCUUUGAUGGACAUUUUUGUGCCCAGGUUGUCUUUUUGUAAUGCUUAAAGCACGCUUGAAAGCAUUGCAAGCCGCAAAAUGCUGCACUAGGUAACAUUGUGAAAUUGGGCCCAUGAUUGAUAGCAACAUCUCAUAUAGAAUGCAGACAAUUUUAUUGGCUGUUGCUUAUCAAGCUGUUAUCUAACAAUCCACCUGAUUGGCUGAUUGUCUUGUCCUUUACUGGCUUUUUCUACAAGUAAUUUUGAUAUAUAUAUAUAAUGCAUGUAUCUACAAUACCAGUAAUGUAUCCUCUCUACUAAAAACUCAUAAUAUGAUUAACUUGCCGCAAUGGACUCAAUAUUGUACUCCUAUAUUUUCAGUAUUUUUGGGUGCAUUAUAUUUUGUAAACAGUUUAUUUUUUGGGGACCACUAAAAGAAAUGAUAAUAACCCUUUAUACACAUGUAUCCAUUAUAUUUUUCAUGUGGAAAUGUAGGUAGUUACCAUUUUCUGCAGUUUCUUCCAUGUUGAUGUAACACAUUAGUCCACACCAGAACAAAGUAGCUGAGUAGCUACAGUAAAGAGUAAAGCAACCAAAGACAUGUGUCUAUUAUUAGAUUUGUGACAUCCUAAGUUCACAAGACAGCCCCGAAGCCUAGACAUUCAGGCAGAAAGUGUACACGGUGGUACGGAAGACAAUAUUAAAACUGACCAAUUAAUCAACCUUUUGGUAUGAAGAAAAGUAGAAACACAUCAUAAAAUUUUGACAGCUGCUUCUAUUUUUUACAAUUGUCAUGAAAAUUUAAGGUCAUCAUGUUUUUUUGUCAAAAAUGUGACCUGGUCAGUAGCACUCAUGCAGAUCCUACCUACACUGAACUCCUCUUUAAUUCUUAGAAACUUGAGUGGUACUGGAUACUUCAGGCGUGUGAGUGAUAACAUUUUGUCAAGGGAUUGGUUGGUGUAAAUAUUCCUUCUUGGAGUAAAAGUCAAAAAAGGAAAUUCCCCCUCUCAGGCCCACUGAGAGUAUGAAGUUAGUCGGAUAAGAAUUUGUCAUUUUUGUCAUCCAUUUUGAGAUUCAAAUUAGUCUAAGUAUCCAGCGUAUCCAUCAAUUACAGCGCAAUAUAUAUUCAAUCGAUUCUAAACACUGCCAUGUCUUAUGUUUCAGUUCCCACGUUCCGUUUCCCUCCCUCCGGGAAUAACACAUUUCUUCAGGCAGUUUUGCAAACAAUACUGAAUUCCGAUAUGUCUCAUUUUGUAUUUCCUUAUUCAGUAUUUGCCAACAUUUGAUAACCCUUUUAUCAUGCCCGCCUUUAGUGGCCUAUGUUAAAUCAAUAAGUUUCCACAACCCACACGUAUUAAUACUCUGCCUGUCUUUACAGACAACAGCUACUCCAGAAACACCUGGUGAAAUUAGAGUAGUGUCGUUAAAAGUACACAUGAAAAACUGUUUCCUGGAAAAACCAAUGGGUAAAAAGGAAUGUAGUAUUUUGAUCAUGGCUAUUAUGUGUGAAAUAUUCCCUUGGCUAUUAUGUGUGAAAUGUUCACUUCACUAAAAAAAGUCUUUCAAGAGAUACAUUGCAUUGCCACGUGGAGAAAUUAAGGUACAUACAUGUUGUUAGGUUUAGAUUUGAUGAGCUAAAAACCUACCCCAGUCCCCAGCCCCUCUUCAAAAAAGCUUCCUUUAAAAAAAGUUUGAUUUAAAUAUCUUUUUUAUUCAAUCUUAGCCAUCCGUUUUGAGAUGAUUCUAAACCAAAUUGCAGUAUCGGGUAUUCCUUUUCCAGGGGGAUGUGAAAUGAAGACCAAAUUUAAGGAUUCAAGGUUAAUUGUAGGAGGAUAGAUUUCACCUCUGGAAAGUCAAUGGCAGGACCUGCUGUAGCCUUGUUGAGAAUGCAGGAAAUCCUCUUGGCUGCUAUCUCUUGCUAACAGCUCAUCAUUCAUCAAUGCCGAACAGUUACAUGUACUUGAUAUUUUUAGAAUCUGUACAAUGAGGUUGACACGAACCCGCAAAUGGUUUUCAUGAGAGAUUCCUAGAAAAAGUCUAAAAUUCGACACCAUCAAAUUGUGCUGUUAUAUCUACUCCAUAAGGUACAUGAAAUCUUUUACAAACUUGGUUGUUGUUGUAUUAUUUAGGUAACUAUUUUGAAAGAACACAUGAUUCAAAAAUCGGAAAUCCAAACCCAACUUUAUAAUUCUGCACUAUAAUCAAAAUCAGCUGUAUUUUCUAGACACUGUACAAAAAGAAACAACAGUACAGACUGAGAAACUCAACACCAAAAAAACAUUCUUGUUUUUUAAUAAAGCUGCAAAAUGUAACAAUUGAAAAUGACAAUGAGACCACCAAUGUUGUUGCGUUUUUUUCCCAUGAAUUCAGUGAAGCAUGAGAGAUGCCAUGUUUAUUAUGAGCUAAACAUUUGUAAACAUUUGAGUUUUAAUCAAUUUCAUCAUUAGAUUAAACCCUAAAAAGGGUUUCAACUUAACCAGGUAUAGAAUUCCACAAUAGAUUUGGGGAAAAUGGUAAACCAGAUGGUCAUGGUAGUGUGGGUUCGUGCCCAUUAAUACUCAUGAAUAUUGAUUAUAUCUAGUCUGAUAUUGGAACCAUAAUAAUCAAUAAUAUUUUCAUGAUACAAAAAUGUAAAAUAUUUCACACAUGAGGAAUUAUGUGGUGCAAACUUCUAAGCCUCACCACUCUCAGUGUGUUAACACUUGUCUCACACGCAUACCCAAUAGUAUUGAACAGCAUCAAUUGGGAAUCCUGAUGGGUUCGCACGUUGAGUGCAACAGCUGCAAACCUAGUGCCAACUGAGUGGACAUAUGCAUACAUGUAUCAACAUGGUCUCCCACUGUAUACAGAUUUAUCAGAUGCUUGUCAUCAGUGAUGGAAUAGCAAAAGAAAUCUGCAUAAAGAAUCGGCUAAAUUACUCAAGCAGGGAGAUAUAUUUAUGUUGAUCAGAUAACAAGGCGCUCUGGGUUUCAAAGCUGGAACCAAUGGCUUGCAAUUCCUGAAAGCGUACUUUUCUGGAAUCUAAGAUAUUCGGUGACCACCAUAUGUGGGUCUCAUUUGUCACGUAGUUUUCAGCGUUUAUGUUAUUGCAAAACAUAACUCUGGUGUUCUUUCAGUUUCAUGUUUUGUUGUAAAACACCCGAUUUUAAACCAUAACAAAAACAAAUUUCUUGAAUGAAUUCAAUUUCUUUCAAUUGUUUAUGAUUUAAUUUUUUUAUUGUUUUGGAAUGGCAAACGUGUAUAUAUUACGAAAACAAACUACAUGUUUUUCUCAAAUAUUCACUGCCCAUGUUGGUUCACGAGAAAUACCAAGGGUUGAUCCUUAUUGCGUGCAAUUUGUUUAUAUUAAUUUGUUUCCCUUUUUUUGAACUGUCCUCGUUCUAUAACGAAUCCACCAUCAAUUUCAAUUCCUCAUCUAUCAAUCUUCCACCCAGCCCUGAUGCUAUACAGGAAUGUUUAAUUUUAUGAGUUCCAGAUACCCAGGUCUUGAAAAACAUCCCCACAAUGUAUAAGAGAGCAAAAUUUCAUUAUACAAGGUAGAGUUAAUGACAGGGCAAAUAUGUGAGUUUCCUGUAAACUUGGUUAGGUUUCAGCUCUGGGUAAAUACAGUCUUCAUCCCUGGCUGGUCUAAGGGAAGUUGUGCACACAAGUGUGUAGUUUGUCCAAUCAAUUAACUUGCCCUUUUUUAAUGUAUUUCAUCUUUGACUUUCUUUGUUCAUCAAACAAGGCACACUGCUUUAGUGAUGGAUGAGUUUAUUAAAAGAUGCAAGAGAAGAGGUUUUUCUACUAGAAAGAAAAAGUCGGUUUUGAUUUGAGUUUAAUGUUGAAACGUUGGUUACGUGUAUGCUAGAAAAAGUUCAUUCUAUAAAGGGUCUGUAUGUUUGGUAAUGACUGCAAUAAUGGCAAUAAAAACUUGGAGACUUUUUUCACCCGACCACCCUAAAUUGCUCUCUGGUUUGGUCUUGUUGGUUGAUUUACUAUUUAUAGCAGUGGUGAAUGACCUACAAUGUUGAUCCUUGGAAGAUCCUUUUUUCAGAAGCUUAAACUCAAGAAGGCAAUGACUUUCACAGUUGAGCUAUUAAGAAACCGUCUUGAUUUAGGCAUAGAGAAAUGAAAGUGAGGAUGCAGGAUUCUGAAUUGCUCUUCCAGAUGUAACCAAACUGUAUACUUUCCUUUUAAAUAUCAAUUCCCAUGACAACGGUCGGCAAAUCCCCAUUUAUUACACUCAAAAAUUAGCAAGAAUUUGGAAGAAUGAGUUCAUUUAAAUCCUCUUGUUUUCACUGAAAAUUGUUAUUAUCUUUGCAUUUUUAUUUUGGUGAACCCAUUUUAUGAAAAGCAAUUUUUGUAAGCGGAUUUUGUGGGCGUUUGUAUGACAUUCUUAUUUGGAAUGCAGCAAUCAAUAUGUAAAGGUAAUAACAGGGAAGAGGUCUUCAAGAAUCAAAUGCUAUUUUAUUGACUUUCUUAAAGCAAAGGUUCUGGGAUAAACUUUAUAAUCAGUGAGCUCUCUGAUUGAUUCCAAUCUGUUUUCGAAAUGUCUAAUUACCACUCUGUACUACUUCUUUAAGAAUCGGUUGGCUGUCUUCCCUUUUUCCCUGAGAUUGUUGAUGUUACAUUCUCUAAUCUAUAAGAGGCUCCUACUCCAACAUGUAUGUAUGAUUGUACCGUGCAGUGUAACAGAUAGAUUCAUGAUAUUGUUCAUCUUGAGCUGUGAAUGAUGCAUGUAUUGAUGCUUAAUUGGGUGCAGACAGUUUCCAUGGCAACAAAGGAUUAAACUUUCUCAAGCCUGGCUGCUGUUUCUUGUCAUCAAGACAAAGUAGCUUCACCUUUAAAGGAAGUGCAAUAUCUUUAGCAAAUUUGCUGGAAAUGUCGUCCCUGCCUUAACAAUCAAAAGUAGCUAGUGCAGAAACAAGUUUGUCAGAAGGUUUAAUCAAAUGUGUUGGGUUUUUUCCCCUCUUAAUAAAUGGAGAUGAAAACGAUGAAAUGAUGAGAUUUAACCUAGAUUCUGCAUUUUCUGGAAGCAAAAUGGACCUCGGGCAUUGUGACUUUUUUACUCGAGUGCGUUUUGUACUACUGCUUUCUUUCAGUUAACUGUUGAAUGAUAAAUUAAUUUUUUACACUAGGCACUCCACAACAGCACUCCGCACUAAUGUAGUCACUUUGACUCAGAAUACCCAUGUCAGACAAACAAUCCGCCACCUAGCUCUCACACAGUCACCACCUAGCUCUCACACAGUCACUGCAUCAGUGCACCAGGCCGCAGUAAGCUAGGACGGCCAGUGCACGCGAGUGAAUACAAAACUUGGACAUGUACGCACAUAUUUUGACACCUCGUUUGAGAUGCGGGUGCGGAGCUUCUAUUUUUAACAUUAGUGUGGAGUGCUGUUGUGGUUAUCAGGGCAGUCUUGUGCAUAUUUUGACAUUUUAGGGCGACUUGAAGCCUAACAGCCAUCAUGAAGGAAAUAAUAGUGUGCAGUUAAACAGAACAGCACCCCAGGCCUGUAUGCUUCGUUUUUAAAAGGGCAAGGGCACAGAGACAUUUUGUCCUUGGUAAAGGGUACCCUAUGAG